GUAUCAUCAAGUUUUUGUCUACAAUUGGACCGAAUUCGGAGAACAUAAUUAUGGAACACAUAACGCCUUCACCAGGCAGUAAUACUCCAGAAGAAACUGAACAAAGGCCAGAUGGAGAUCACCGCGAAAGCAGAAGUCAAGGUUUUUCCUCCUCGAAUACGUCCAUCGCAGCUCUUAGUCAAAUGGAAGAGAAAAUGCGUAGAAAACUUCAGUUUUUCUUUAUGAACCCUAUUGAAAAAUGGAAGGCGAAGCGGAAAUUUCCGUACAAGUUCGUUGUCCAAGUGAUCAAGAUCGUAUUAGUUACAUUUCAAUUGUGUUUAUUCGCCCACAAUAGAUACAAUCAUGUUAAUUACACAUGGGAUAAUCGUAUCAGUUUUUCGCACCUAUUUCUACUCGGCUGGGACUCGACGCGGGAGAUUAACGCCUACCCUCCUGGCGCUGGUCCUUUAGCAAUUUACAAACAAGAUGAGUUCUACAGCACCAUAAAUUAUGCUAUGGCGGGAUAUUCUAAUCUAAGUAAUGCUAUAGGCGCUUACUCAUACAAUGAUGAAAACAAUAUGAAAGUUGAUCCAGUUUUCUGUCAGUAUAAUUACAAGCAAGGCAUAAUAAAUGGUUUCAAUGAAAGCUAUACAUUCAACUCGGAAAUUGUGGAGACAUGUCUUAAUUUCACUAGUACAAGUGAUGAAGUGUUCUCUUCACAGUUGUUUCUAUCAAAAUCAGGCUUCGACAUCAAUUUUGCAGCUCUAGUCAGAGCCAAACUUAUGUUUUCUAUAAACACGAUAAAUUUUAGAGCUGCAGGUCCAAUCACACCUCCAGAUUGUUACAGGUUUGAUGUCCAGAUAGUUUUUGAUAAUGAAGACCAUGAUGGCCAAAUGUCUCUUAUUCUGGAAGCAGAUCCAUACAAGCUGACAUGUAGAGGUGAUACUGAUUAUGUCACUGAUAAUAAAAUUGACCAAGUCUUAAGGAGUAUACUCAACAUACUUGUCAUUUUGAUCUGUUCUGCAUCAUUCAUUUUAUGCAGUAGAGCAAUAUAUAGAGCUCAGUUGCUAAAAGAGCUAACAGUUCAGUUUUUCAUUCAUACAUACAACAAAGAACUGAGUUUGGAUGGUCGGCUAGAGUUCCUCAAUGUAUGGUACAUUAUGAUCAUAAUCAAUGACAUGUUGAUCAUAAUGGGAUCAGCCAUUAAGGAGCAAAUAGAGAGGAAUCAGUUCACAAAUGAUCAAUGGAAUGUCUGCUCUUUAUUCUUAGGCACCGGCAACCUCUUAGUGUGGUUUGGUGUCCUGAGGUAUUUGGGAUUCUUUAAAACAUACAAUGUAGUCAUACUUACAUUGAAGAAGGCAGCUCCAAAGAUAUUCCGUUUCUUGAUUUGUGCUCUAUUGCUAUAUGCCGGAUUCACAUUUUGUGGCUGGCUUAUUUUGGGACCCUAUCACAUGAAGUUCAGAUCUCUUGCGACCACAUCCGAAUGCUUAUUCUCUCUCAUAAACGGUGAUGACAUGUUUGCAACAUUCUCUAUUAUGUCAAAGAAAUCACCAAUGCUUUGGUGGUUCAGUCGUGUAUAUCUAUACUCAUUUAUAAGUUUAUAUAUCUAUGUUGUCCUCAGUUUGUUUAUAUCGGUUAUAAUGGAUGCUUAUGAUACAAUUAAGCAAUAUUAUAAAGAUGGAUUCCCUAAGAGUGAUUUGCAGCAAUUCAUUGGUGAGACCAGUGUUGAGGAAGUAUCUUCUGGUCUGUACAGAACUCAGAGCUCUUCUUCUUUGAAUGCAGUAAUGAAUUCAUUGUUCUGCUGCAAUUUUUAUCGCAGCGCCUACUCUAAAAUAGGGGGCGGAACAUCUGCCCAGAAUUUGUUGUAAACAGAAUCUGCUCUGCAAUAUCUAUUAAUUUUUAAAUAGACAUGUAGAUGCAAUUACUGUUAUCACUGAAUGAUAACAUCAAUAGUCCUUAUUUUUGAAGUGAUUACUUCUGUAAUUGUUUGUUUAUUUAAAUAUGUUGCACAGUUAUCUUUAAAUAUGUUUGGGUUGACUGUUGUAUUAUCAUUAUUGAUAAUUGUUCACUAUAACCAUUAUGUACUUGAAUACUUUUCUUUAACAGAUUAUUAUUCAAAAUGUUAUACUUUACAAUAUAUAUUAUUGAUUAAAAAAACUAGUCUGUUAUAUGUUAAUUACUUUCUUAGCUUAAAUUUGUCUCUUUCCUUAUACUAUUUAUUGAGUAUCAAAAUGAACAAAGUGAUAAUGACAACUGAUUUAUAAAAAAUUGUAUAUCUGUACUUUUGUGAUAGUAAAAAUAAUUUAGAAGAUGUAAUUGUAUAGUUGUAUAAAAUAUUGUACAUAUUGGAGAGUUGUAAAUUAUGAAGAUAUACCUCAGGUUAGGUUACUUAGGUAUUUUGUGUAUAAUGAAAAUAAUGAAUGUACAUAUUUGGUAGCUGAUAUUAUUGAUUGUAUGUACUUACAAGUGUGUAAAAAUAUAUGAAUGUAUUUUAAAUUUAGUUAAGAUGUAGUUCCAAAAUUCACAUUCAGCCCUUUCUUAUGUACAAAACAAGAAUCUUAAUAAUCUCACAUGUUUGUUUAUUCAAAUACAUACAUAUUAAAAUGUAUAAAUGUGCUAGGGUUGCUAUCGAAUUUGUUUUGGCGAAUUUAAAUCAGUACUUAAUACGUAUCGUACCAAAAACACUAGUAUUAUAGAAUAAAUUGCUUACAAUAAGUUUGAAAAUUUUAUACAUAUUUAUUUUGUACAAUAAUAGUAAUUUUUUUAUUAACUUAAUUGUAACAAAUAGAUUAUAUUUUUUUAUAGUGUUGAUAGAUUUAUUAUCCAAUAUAUGUCACGUAUGUACCGCCCUUAACACAGCCAAAUAUAAAUUUAAAGCAGGUACUUAAGUACAGUACUACAGUAGAAAUAGUAUUAAUGUAUCCUCUCAAUUACAGUGUACAUUAGCAACCCUAGUUUAUCAGAUAUACACUAUCUACGUAAUUUAUCAAAUACUCAUAAUAAACAAAUAUAGAAAUAAAUAGCCAUAACUGUAAUCUUAUUUGUAUAUGAUACCUAAAAUAUCAAUAUUUAACAUGCCUUGUCUUUAGUUAUUGAAAAUAUAUUGU